AUGGUGCCAAAAGAUUCAAUAGAAUGGCAACAUACGGAUUGUAGUAUAGUGGUUGUUCGAUGGUUCGAUAGUCCUGGGGAAGUUUAUUGUGCUGGUACACAAUAUCUUUCACAAAAGACAAUGCACAAUACACGAAUACCUGCUGGUCAUCCUGAAGGUUAUAUUGGAGCAUUUGCUAAUAUUUAUCGUAAUUUUACACGAACAGUUCGCGCAAAAAAGAAUGAUGAAGAAUGUUCAUCGAAUGAAUUAGGAGAUUUUCCUGAUGUUAAAGAAGGAGUUCGUGGCAUGGUUUUUAUUGAAACUUGUGUCGCUAAUGGUAGAAACAAUAAUGAAAAAUGGAUUGAAUUGAAAGAAUAG